AUGAGUGCUAUCGAAGACAGUCAGCCUAGAGCCAUUGCCUCUCCUGCACUCCAGGUGGACACCUCCUCUAUCCCUCAAAAGCAGUCACUCGGCGAAAGGCUUAUUGCUUCAAAACGAAAACUGACCACCAGAAACGGCUGGUUAGGGGAUUACAACUACAGCUGGCUUUGUCUGCCCCCUGUGCCGUUUUCAAAGGCCUACAACGAACGUUCACCCCCAUUUUAUGGCCUCAAUGAUGACUUACCGGUUGUAUUGGCGGCAGCUACUGGUCUACAGCAUGCUUUGGCCAUGCUUGCAGGACUCAUUACACCUCCCAUUAUAUUUGCCAGUGCUUUGAAUUUGGACUCUGUAACCUCCGCGUACAUGAUAUCUGCAUCCUUAAUUGGAUGUGGAAUACUCAGCCUCGUGCAGAUGUCUCGCAUGAGGCUAUUUGGUGGAUAUUAUCUGGGGACUGGCCUCAUCUCAGUGGUUGGAACGAGUUUCAGUACAUUAUCAACAGCAAACGCAAUAUUCGACGCGAUGUAUGCCGAUGGGACGUGUACUUCGACUACACUUGCGGAUGGAACUAUUCAGCGGAAUGCCUGUCCAGAGGCCUAUGGAAAGCUUCUAGGGACUUCUCUGAUUUGUUCCUUUCUUGAGAUGUUCCUGGCCUUCGUGCCUCCUCGUACCUUAAAAAGGAUAUUUCCUCCAAUUAUCACUGGAACUGUGGUCCUUCUUAUCGGAGCAUCACUUGUGGGAUCUUCAGGCGCCCUUUCGUGGGGUGGAGGCUCGAAUGGUUGCCAGAAUUUCCCAGCUUCAGGAAUUUUUCAACUAUGCCCAACAAUCUUUGCUCCUCGUCCUUUACCAUGGGGAUCGCCGGAGUUCAUUGGUCUAGGUUUCCUGUCCUUCAUUAGCAUUGUGCUGACGGAAAUGUUUGGAUCACCAUUCAUGAAAAACAUUAGUAUCAUUGUCGGUCUUGCUGUUGGUUGCAUUGUUGCCGGUGCUACAGGAUACAUUGACAGCUCCAGUAUCAAAACGGCUCCAGCAAUUACUUUCCUAUGGGUACACACGUUCAAAAUUAGUGUUUAUCCACCAGCCAUCCUUCCAAUUUCAUUGGCAAUGGAAGCAAUGGGAGAUAUCACAGCUUCGGCGGAGGUAUCCCGGGUUGACGUUCGAGGCGUAGAAUUUGACUCUAGAAUACAAGGCGGCAUCUUGAGCGACGGUAUCGGGGGUUUCUUCUCCGCCCUGUUUACAGUUGCGCCGCUGUCAGUCUUUGCACAGGUGCGCCAUAUGACCAGUUAUGCUUCGUAA